UAUAUAGCAGAAGCUGUGUACUUGCUGUGUUGUGCUGAGAGCUGCUGCUUUGCUAGUUCUGACACAAGUGGAGAGCAUGCAUAUACGUUUGUGAUUUCUUCUUUAAUAAAAAAAAGAACCCAGCAAUUCAGCACCGACCUUGGAUCCUUGAAUUUUGUUGUCCCCGGGUAGCUAGGCAAUGGAGCAAUGCGCCGACGACCACGGUGGGCAGGUCCCGAGGCUUGAGGGCAUCGAGGAAGAAGGCAGCCCAGCCGAUAAGUGGGCUCCGACGACUGUCCGGCCACCGGAGACACCGACGGAGACGAUGGAGUUCCUGGCAAGGUCCUGGAGCCUCUCGGCGGCAGAGAUCUCCAAGGCCCUCAGGGCGCUCAGCUGCGGCAAUGCCGCCUCCGAUUCUCCUCCCGCUGUCGUCGCCACGUCCACGGCGGAGCGGCCGCCGCUUGGCAGUGAUCAUCGCCGCCUGUCUCUGCCGCAGAAGGCAGACGCGGCGGCUGGGGCUGGUGGUGAAGCCGGCGGAGGCACGAGCCAGCCCAUCUCUCCCAGGGUGCACCUGGGCGACGUGAAGCUGCUUCGCGCCGCGGGGAGAGGGAAGACGGUGGGCGCGUGGAUCAAGGAGCAGAGGGAGAAGAAGCGCGCCGAGGCCCGGUCCCGCAACGCGCAGGCGUACGCGGCCACGUCCGUGGCGGGCGUCGCGGCGGCGGUGGCGGCGCUGGUGGCCGGCGCGGUGUUCUCGUCGUCCUCGGCGGCGCCGGAGCAGCGGCCGGCCAAGGGCGACGGCGGCGGCGCCAAGACCGCGGCGGCCGUGGCGUCCGCGGCGGCGCUGGUGGCGUCGCACUGCGUGGAGAUGGCGCAGGCGAUCGGCGCCAGCCACGACCAGAUCCUGGCCGCCAUCCACUCGGCCGUGAACGCGCAGAGCAGCGGCGACGUCAUGGCGCUCACCGCAGGCGCGGCCACGGCUCUGCGCGGCGCCGCCAUGCUGAGGGCGAGGCUCCACAAGGAGAUCCAGGCGACUGCGUUGCCAGGCGACGGCAGGGAGCCGGAGAGGGACAUCUCGCCGCUGGUCUUCGUCUCCCGGGGCGGCGAGCUUCUGAAGCGCACCAGGCAGGGCGCCCUCCACUGGAAGCUCGUCACCGUGUACAUAAACUCCGGCUUCGAGGUGGUUCUCAAGAUGCAGAGUGCACAUAUGGCCGGCACCUUCAUCAAAACCAAAAAGUGUGUGGUUCUGGACGUGUGCUCGGAGAUACCGGCAUGGGCAGGCAGGGAGGUGGGCAGGAGGGGAUACUUGGGGAUCAGGACGGUGGAGAGGGUGAUCGAGUUCGAGGUCAGGAGCAGGCGCGAGCAGCGCAAGUGGGUGCAGGGCAUCACGGGGAUGCUGCUUCGCCGCGACAGCAUCAACAAUGCCGCCUGCUUGUAAUUGUAUAAAUAAUUAAAUGAAGAAAUAAAUCCGGCGCUCGACCUUCUUUCUGCUCUGCUUGUAUAUCUGGAACUUUUGUGUAGAAACUAGCGGAAGGAAACAAAGUUUUUAAAACGAAA